GAUGUGCACUCUAGCCCACCUUUAAGAGAACACCCUGGACCAAAAUGAAGAACUUGUUAUGGAGGCAGCGGGAAUACCACUCGGGAUAUUUAUUUGAAGAGUUAAGGAUUAAAAAUGUACUAUGAAUCCAUUUUUGUUUUGUACCUAGUAUUGUAAAAUUGAGAUUAAUCAUUGUGGGGAUUGCUCAAGUGGUAUUUGAAGAUCUCUAUUGUUUAUGGUUCAUAAUGAUACUGAUAUUUGGCUAGGAUAUUGGCCAGUCCUUACUCACUUCAUUAUGGACAUAGCUGGUGAUGUAUGAUCAACUAGUAUUUUCUGCUUUAGUUUCAGUACAUCAUAUUCAAAAUUGAGGAAAUUUAGGUCGAUAUUCACUGCCAGAUGCUUUACCGUCUUUCCCUUGUCUGUAUGGUACAAACCAUUAAGGUAAGCGGGGUACUUGUGUAGGCAAAGAUUGCCGGGUGUUUUUUUAUGUAAUGAGAUAAAAUUGUAUAUCCUUGCCACAGGCUUUUAGGGUGUGUUUUGAGUUCCAUAAAUAUUGCAUUUUUUACAUUUUUCUCCUUCCCUUUCUCAUCUCUCCCCUACCUUAGUAAAGAAUUUCUUCUGUAACUUGUUUAAUUCUAAAUGAUGUACUGGGUAUCCUGAGCUGCAUCUAGACUCAUACCUCUUAAAUACUUGUUUAACUGAAAGACAGAUUUUGAAGAACUUGUGAUCGGGAAUGUCGAGUUUGUUAUACUGCUUUGGUGUCCAGUACACUCGAGUACAGUUAAUGUUUUGAAUGUUACUUUUCUGCUAAUAUUUAGACAUAGUUUACUUUGUAAAAUGCUUCUAAAUACUGUUUGUGGGUUUACAGCAAAAGUGUGCUGGAAGAAAGGAAAUUACAUGCUAGAAGACUCCCCUUGAUGCUGUACCUGAUUUCCCAAGAAAGGCGUAAAAGGUUUAUUUUAGUAUAAGAAUUUCCCAUCCGUAUGUGAGGUGCAUGUUGUACGGUCACAUUUGUGUUUUAUUAUUUGGUGGCUACUUUUGUUUUUAUAAAUAUAUAUAUAUAUAUCUUUUUUUCUCUGUAAGAGGGCUGGUCCGUUGUGGUCGUGGAUGCAAAUGUAGUAAUUCGUAAUUGACUUAUCUUUUAAAUAAAUUUUAUAAGGAAAAUGGUAGGAAGUUAUAGUUUUUUUGUAAGGGAGGCAUUGGUAGCUUUUGUAUUGGGCCAAAACUAAUAAUUACUGGAAAAAUAAAGCAAGCACUAGCGUGGUAUCAAACCUUACUACUUUUUUUGGUGUUAUCAUUCAUUGGUGCAUAUAUAUUGAAAAGCCAUUUGAUGAGCUAAAGUAUAUUUAUAUAUAUGUAUGUAAUAUAUAGUGUAUGUAUAUAAUGUGUAUAUGACAUGUAUAUGUAAGUAUAUGUUAUAUAUUUAUAUAUAUAUAUUUCUUAGAGGCACAAUUCAUUAGAUUGCUAGCACUACUGUAGUGCUCUAAGAAUUUUAUUGGAGCUCUUAAUAAACAGCAGAGGUGGUAAAGUGAAGUCUGCAUUCCCCUGGAUGAAAGAAUGUGCAUAUUCUGGUACACUGGUACAGUAUUUUAAUUUUUCUCUAAUAGAAUUUGUAACAAAAGUGAGGUUGAUGCUGGUAGUGCAUUUCAUCAGAGGUUAAGAACAUAAGGAAGUGACACAAUUAUCAGGGUGUUUAUAAAACAUUGCUACUAGUAAAAGUGGUUUUGGAAAAA